CCUGUGAAACUCUGUUAGGCAUCAGCAUCCAACAUGAGCUCUGUACCAACUCUUGCAGAUACCUGGCUUACCGCAACUUCAUGAUCGACACCUAUCGCCUGAACCCCCAGGAGUACCUGACCAGCACUGCCUGCAGGAGGAACCUGACUGGAGAUGUGUGUGCUGUCAUGAGAGUGCAUGCUUUUCUGGAGCAGUGGGGUCUCAUCAACUACCAGGUGGACCCAGAGAGCCGCCCCAUGGCCAUGGGCCCUCCUCCCACCCCUCACUUCAAUGUGCUCGCCGAUACGCCCUCCGGCCUCAUGCCUCUGCACAUCCGCACGCCGCAGAUCCCAGCUGCUCAGCAGAUGCUGAGUUUUCCUGAAAAAAACAAAGAGAAACCCACUGACCUGCAGAACUUUGGACUUCGCACAGACAUUUACUCAAAAAAGACUUUAGCAAAGGUAAGUGCAUUUGGAUUUCUGUUCCCCUGUGGCUUCUAUUAA